AUGGCAGAGCAGAUAACUGAUAAAAGAGUAGAAGAUAUUACUGAGCUACGUGAUGAAAAAUCAUUUAGCAAUUCGGAAUUGCAACAAUUCACAGCCGGAAAUAAUAGUGGACAAGUUGAUGAAGCAAUAAAUUCUCAAAGUUUAACGCAUAAAGAUUUACAACACGGUGAAGAAGCAUUAUUAAGAAAUCAAAAUAUCCCAGAAAAUGAACCCAAUACUAUGGAAUUCCAAUUAGGAUUUCCGUUUACUGAUCUUGCAGAAGCAACACGUAUGCAUAUUAAUCCAAUUUUAGAAAAUCGGAAUACAUUUCAACAAGAAAAUAACUCUCAACAAUUGUUCAACACGCCAAUUUGUAAAACAACUGAUGAAAGUGAAAUUCAACAACAAAUGCCGUUUGAAUAUGAAAAUUAUGCAAAUCAAAUUUUGGGACAAAAAUUAACACAAUCAUUUAUUAGAAUUGAUAACACUGAAGCUGAAAUAACCAAAGAUGAAGUUGCUGAUAAUGCUCCUCAGAAAAUCGAUAAUGCGGAUGAUCAACAAGCAAUGAAUGAUGAAAUUACGAACAUUUCGGAGUCAGACAAAAAUUUUCUGCCGGAAUUGCAAACCGAAAAACAUUCAAACUUUAAGAUUUCACAUGAUGACGAAUGCUUGGGAAGAAGAAAUGGAACGGAAAUGAAUAAUGAUAUGAUGAAUAAGAGUUCGGAAAAUCAGGAUUUCGAGCAUCAACAGCUCGAGAAACAUGAAGCAACACCUAUUGUCAGUACAAGAAAUAUUGAGCAACAAAAUCCGAUUGAAGAAUUAGUUCCAAAAACGACUGGAAAUAUGGCUCUUGAAAAUGAGCAAAAUUCUACGACAAAAACAAUUUUCAUCGGACUUCAAUUCAUUGAUGGAAAAUUAUUUGACGUAAUUGGUGCCUUAAGUAAUGUUGCUGAUAAUUCUGAACAAGAAUUUCAUCUACCAAUGGUAAGAAACCGAAAACUGGAAGAAGUGAAAAUUCCAAAUGAAAUACCGGAAAGUAAUAACAAAUCUCAAGAAGCUUCAUCUAAUGAGAAAUUUUCUGAAACAGUUUAUUCGGAAGAAUUUCUUGCAAUAGGAAAUCAUGCGGAAUUAGAAUAUUCUUUGCCGGAAGUUAUCACUGAGGUAGAAAAGAUUGGGGAAGAUGUUACAAUGAUUGAUAAUGCCUCUCAUAUCAGAGAAAAAGUUCAUUUAGUGCAAGAUAAACUUGAAACAACUUCAACCGAAAAAGAAUCUUUCAAAAAUUUUGAUUUUACUGGAAAUGAAUUAGGAUUCAUUGAAUCCACGGAAUCAUUGAUAUCGGGAUACAAUCUGAAAAAUGAGAAUCAGAAGAUUUUGCGAGAAAUUGAGUCAGAAGCGGGAAUCAUAUCAUCUAAUGUUGAAGAAAGCUCGGAGCAAUGUUUGAUGAAUGCGAAAUCGAUGUACGAUACUGGAAAACUUAAAAAUAUAAGCAAAAUUCAAAAUGUGCAACAAAAACUGGUUGAAAAUGGACAAUUUCAUGAACAGGAAUAUUAUGAGAAACAACACGAAAAGGCAAAAAAUGAUGACAUUGAAGAAAAUAUAAAAAGUUUGAAUGAAUCAUUGGAAAUGAUUUCGGAUGAGAGGAAAAAGGAAGUUUUUAAAGAAGCUAAUACUUUCAUUGAUAAAAAUCAGAUAGUAUCAUCGGAGGAAGACAAAAAGGUUAAUUUUACAUCGAAUAUUUUGGAUCACAAAUAUGAAAUGGCUAAUGAAAAGGAGGAUGAAAAUACUGCAAUGAAGAAUGCAACGAUCGCGGUAAAAUCUCUCGGAUCUCCCACAUCUCCCGGAUCCGUAAAUACGGAGAUGAGGAAAAACAUCGCGAAGACUACAAAAAAUAAACAAUCAACACAACAAAUUGAGUCGAAAAAUGUUGGUAAUAAUGCUUCAAAUAUCAUGCUAACUAAAUCAAACAGAAAAACAACUAAAAAAACAUUGCCAGCUGCUAAGAUGAUACCAACAUCGAGAAAUACUAUGGUACCAGCACCGAAAGAUACUGUAAUACCAACAUCAAGAGAUACUACGGUACCAAUAUCGAGAAAUGCUAGGAAAAGCAAUGAUGUGAUGAUUGAUAAGAAAUCGAUAACAAAAUCACCUGCCGUUUUACCUUUAGUUUCCACAAAAAGUGCGACUUUGAUGGAAAAGAAUGUUGAAAGAAAUGGAUUAAAACAUAUAAAAAAUAUUACAAAAGAUGAAAAUGUUACGGUAGGAACAAAACAAAACGUUACAUCAACGAUGGCAUCAAAAUUAACUCAAAGCGGAGAAUCACAAUCGAACAGCAAUGCUAAAAUAAAUGUAAAAAAUAAACCAAAGGAGAUUGGUAAAGAAAAAUGUGGAAAUGAAUUGGAAAUUGAUGAAAUGGAUUUGAUAAGAAAGGAGAAGAAAAUUGGAGUUAUCGAUUUUGAACCGUUAGUUUGGACGGAAAUUUUAACACCAACGUAUGAACAAAUUUGGAAAAGUUAUGAAUCAAUAAAUCAAAUCAUUGAUAACGCUGAUUUAGAAUUCGAAAAAAGGAUGGAGAAAAAAAUUGGAAAUGAAUUGAAAGUUGAUGAGAUAAUUGAAAAUUCAGAAACUAAUAAUUUGGAAUCAAUAUGGGAAAUGAGAAAGAAUGCAGAAUUUACAAAAGCUGAAGCUAUAAAAUGUAUUAUUUUAUCAAAUAAAGAUAAAAUUAAUGUUUCGGAAUGCUUUAUUUUAUCAAAUGAUGAUAAGAAGGAAGACAUUGCGGAUCUUUCCGAUUGUUUAAAAAUGAAAAAAGAGGAGGAUGAAAAAGUGACUAUUGAAGAGGAAAUAAUAGUGGAAGAUAGCAAUGAAAAGCGUGAAAUUGAAAUUUCCGCUUCAAUAUUAACUAAAUCUUCUGAAGCAACGGAAAUGUCGCUAAAAAUGAAAUCGCAAAUUUCUCCGGAACAAAAAACUCUCGAUGCCAUGAUAGGACAUGAUAUCGGAGCUGAUACAAUCAAGAAUUCUGCUAAUUCUCAUGAAAACAUAAAAGAAGAUGUGGUGACAGCAUUUAAACCGAAUCGACCGGAAAUACAGAAUGAAGCAGAAACAAUUACUGAUAUUGGAAACGGUAAAAUGAUUGCUGCGGAUGAUUCAGACAAAACUGAAUUGGAGAUAAAAUCGAAGCAUAAUGAUAAUAUUGAUGAAUCAGGACAAGCUGUAAACAAAACGGCAGUACUAGGUGGAUUAGAUUACAAGCAGCAAAAAACGCAACCGGAACCGGAAUUGGAAGUAAAUAAUGAUCGUAGAAAUGAUGAGGAAUCACGAAAUAUGCCGGGAGAAUGUAGGCAUAAUGUUACCGCUACCGGAAGGAAUACCUCACGUAAGCAGCAUCAGCAAAUUAGUGGACAACAAAAUUAUGGUAAAAUUCCUGAUAAUAUCAAAGUACAAGGUAAUUCUGGGAAUCAGAAUCAUUCGCAGAGACAACAGCAACAGCAAUCGGACGGUCAGAUUUAUUCCGGUCAACAAGGAAACAGGAAACGAAACAAACGAAAUAAGAAAUCACGUAAUUGGUGA